UCAAAGUUAUGACCGGAAGUUGUUUUUUUUUUCUAAGCCAGUCAGCUACACGCUGUUCAAGAAACCUGCAGCUCAGAAAAAUUAGCCGUUUCCUCCUGGAGUCUUCAGAGCUAAACAUGAAAAAUCAAGACACGGAAGAGUCUACCAGCCCGGGCAGCGAGGCUCCUCCACCUGCAGCUGGAGACACGGACGCUCCACUUCCACCUGCACCUGCUGAAGGCAGCAGCCCCAGAGAGAUGGAGCCACAGGCUGGCCCCCCACCACAGGAACAGCAGGGGGAAAGCGGAGAAACUCUGCCUGGGUCAGCUUUACCGCCCCCGGCUGCAGCAGCGCCCCUGUCCCAGCGCGACAUGGCUGAGGAGCUGAGCCGGCAGCUGGAGGACAUCCUCAGCACGUACUGCAGUGAAACCAUUUCAGACGAAGCCAGUGCCUUGCUCAACGGUCAGUCUCACAGCCCAGUUUUCAACGGGCUGAUGUGUGAGAAGGAUGGAGACAACCCAAAGGCAGAAAAAGUCAACGGGGGUCACAGCGGUGCUGAGAAAGAGCAGAAGAAGAGUCAAGACAAGAAGAAAGUGAAGGGCCUGGGCAAAGAGAUCACCGUUCUCAUGCAGACGUUAAACACGCUAAGCACGCCGGAGGAAAAGCUGGCAGGUCUCUGCAAGAAGUACGCCGACCUGCUGGAAGAGCAUCGUAACUCUCAGAAACAGAUGAGGGUGCUGCAGAAGAAGCAGAGUCAGCUGGUGCAGGAGAAGGACAACCUGAGGAACGAACACAGCAAAGCCAUCUUGGCCCGCAGCAAACUGGAGAGUCUCUGCAGGGAACUGCAGAGACACAACCGCACCCUCAAGGAAGAAGGAGUCCAGAGAACGCGGCUGGAGGAGGAGAAACGGAAGGAGGUGACGUCUCAUUUCCAGUCGACGCUGAACGACAUCCAGGCUCAGAUGGAACAGCACAACGAGAGGAAUGCCAGCCUCCGCCAAGAAAACGCUGAGCUGGCAGAGAAACUCAAGAAGCUCUACGAGCAAUACAAACUACGGGAGGAGCACAUAGACAAGAUGGUGAAGCACAAAGACCUGCAGCAACAGCUGGUGGAUGCCAAACUGCAUCAGGCGCAGGAGCUGCUGAAGGAGUCGGAGGAGCGCCACGACAGAGAGAAAGACUUUCUUCUGAAGGAAGCUGUGGAGUCUCAGAGGAUGUGUGAGCUAAUGAAGCAGCAGGAGGUCCACCUCAAACAGCAGCUGUCUCUGUACACCGAGAGGUUUGAGGAGUUCCAGACCACGCUGUCUAAGAGUAACGAGGUCUUCACCACCUUCAAACAGGAGAUGGAGAAGAUGACUAAAAAGAUUAAGAAGCUGGAGAAGGAGACGACGAUGUAUCGCUCGAGGUGGGAGAGCAGCAACAAGGCGCUGCUGGAGAUGGCUGAGGAGAAAUCUGUGCGAGAUCGGGACUUCGACGCGUUGCAGGGUAAAGUCCAGCGGCUCGAGAAGCUGAGGCGGGCACUUAAGGUGGAGCGAAACGAGCUAAAGAAGAAGGUCCAGAACCUCGGUGGGGCCGCAGGACCCCACACCUCUGACCCAGGGACUGACUCCCCCUCCCCGCCUCCCACGGACUGUCCGCUGGAGGCCAGCACCUGUCCUGUACCAGACAGCUCCUCUGACUCCCCACCUUGCCACUGUGAGCCACAGCUGGACACAGAUGCACUCCCAGAAGAGGCAAACUCCCCACCUGUCCCUGUUCUUGUCCCUGCACAGGAAUAAAGCAGGACUGCUUCGUCUCCUCCUCCCUUUCAACGUCCAACCACCAGCCUACAGGCCGCUGGAGCAGCUGAUGUUCAACACUGAGCUGGAAUCAGAUUUACACCAGAUGAGUCCAACAGAAGGGUUAACGUGUGUCCUCCCAGCGUCAUCUGCAGACGGGCUUCCUUCACCCCAUCCUCUCCAGCUGAAACUAAGCUAGUUCAGAUCAUUUUAUUACAAUAACUAGAGUUGUUGCUGAAGGCUUUACUGAGCUGUGUGGGAGGACACAACCUAAGCAGGUUUACCACAGGUGUGUGUGUGUGUGUGUCUUAAGUGUUGUUUUCUUCCAUCUCUACCAUUCCUUCCUUUAAGUAAGAGCUGUGUGGGACUGUUGAGGGAAGCUUUUCAGUCUAGCCUUUUAUCCUUUUUUUAUUAUGAUUUUUUUUGGCAGAGUAAAUCCUGGAUUAUUAAAGAACGUUUUGGGAUGUUCUCAGUCCAGAACUAAAACGUUUGAACUCUUAUUCAUUUGUGUAGUGUUUAAAUGUGAGUCUGUAUUUAUUGUUGAAAUCAUACAGUCACUGAUAUCGGGGGUUAAAAUAAAGGAUAUUUUCAUUUAAGCUGAUCAUUUUCAUUCAUUUUACUCCAAAUUUGUCAUCCUUACCUCUCCUGGGUUAUGUUGCACAUUACCAGUUUAGUUAUUAGUAUUAGCACUUUUAUCUCAUUUAACUCCAUCUUUGUUCCGUGUGUGUGGGAUGUACCUGUUUAUAUCUGUGAUGGUCCUGGGAAUGGCGAAGGCUUCUGGUCAGGUUUAUUCUAAAGAAUGUCAAAGUUCCUCUAUGCAACGCUUGCAUCUUGGUUUUAUUCUGUGGCCUCGACCCACGAGCACUUAGCUGAGAAUGUAAUCUCAUCAUAUCCACUGUUCUGCAUAAAUGUGUCGGGGACGACAUAUCUCACAGUUUAAGGCCUUUUUCUUCAAAGGGGUUGAUACUUUUACAUUGGGUGCUUUUGAAAUGUGCAUUGAUCUGAGCCAAGUGAGAAAACUGAGAGGAGAAGUCUAAUUUGAUUUGGUUUCCUCCAAACACACGCCUGUUUCCCCUGUGCACUACAUAUGUAGUUUCGACAAAGCGAUGCCAUCCGAAACAGAAAUGCAAAUGUUUUUCAGUCUACCAUAGGAUGUAUUCACUGUACUGUUUACUUUUCAUAUAAACCAAAGAUGUCUCCCUGUUGUAGUUUAUCUUUUGCAGUAUGUUAUUUUCUGGCCCUGAUUUUAAAUAAAAUUAGAGUAUGUCUGA